GUGGGGGAGCGCGCCGAGUGUCUGCCGCUCACGCUGCGCUUGGCCACCUUGCCGACAGGGGCGCUCAAGGAGGUUCCCGGCCAUAAGCUGGCGCUGCAGAUGGUGCGCGAGGACAGGUACUGGACAGUUGCCCGCCUGGACACCGCCGAUGCUGACCCGAACGAGGAGACUGUCUCCGCCGUGGGAAUCUCGGAGGUGGUGAGCAUCGGAGCGGGCAGGGUGGCGCCCCGCAGGCAGGAGGUCGCAGUCACCGAGAUCGACGAGCUCUUCGAGGAGAUGACAUGCGCGCACGGUGACAGUGCCAAAGCUGAAGCCCAGCCGAAAGCCCCCAAGAAAUCUUUCAAGGACGACGUGGACACCGACUUCUUGGACAUGGUGGCGAAGCGCAAGUGCUGCGAUGCCGGCAGCAGUGACGAGCUCAGCGAGGGUAGCGACAGCUCCGCGUCGGCCUGGAAGGAGGUCCUGGGCGACGGCGACGGCGACGACGACAUUUUCGGCCACAAGUUCGACCUGGAGUUGGAGGACAAGGCGGCGCACGUGCCCAUGCCGCUCCCGACCGAGCUGCAUCCGCAGAAGUGCGGCCCGUUCAGCUUCUACGUGUGCAAGGAGUCCAAGUACGGCGGCUACGAGGCCAACUGCCCGUUCCACAAGAAGAACGACGUGAGCGGGUGCCGGAAGCGGAUGGCGAUCGAGGGCCCCGCAGAGGCCGACCGACAGGAGACGCUGCGCCGCUUG